CAGGUGCUAAAAAUGGAUGAUACUCCUGUCCGUAGCAUGAGCCUGCUCUGGUUGUGCUGAGACUGCUCAAUGCUGAGCUCCAUUGAGGACAGGUUUAAAGGGCUUGAAUGCCUUCUGCUGAGGCAGGGCAUCUACCGACCACUCUUUACAUGCCCUCUGCCGCGGCCCGCUGGCCUUUGUGUCACCCAACAAUGAUGGCACCCGAGCACCACGGCCAGGCAGCGAUCAUUGUUCCCCUCGGCCAAUGGGAACCCAACAAAUAGAUGUGUAUGAAAUGUGUGAGUUUCUGUGCAUAUGUGUGUGUACGGCAACGCAAAGGUGAAUGCAUGCUAACAGAAUGCAUCUUUCACACCAAGCUUUUGCAUCGACUCUGUGACGAAGGGGAGGGGGACGUCACACCAAGAAGGAGCCAAUCAGACAUUAGCUGUUUGGAUUUAUGCCAGGGUUUUUAGGCUUGUAAGACUUUAGUACAAGUCACAAAACUCAGUUUAAAAAAAUAAAAAGCCAGCUGAGACGAGAUGCCGUACACACCGUCUGGCUUUUUCUGUGACCGGCUGAUCCGGGAGCGAGAGAGGAGAGACGGGGAAGGGUCUCUGAACAAGCCCCUCCGCUUCAACAGCCAGGACUUCAGCGUCCUGAGACAGGAGUGCGAUCAGAGGAAGAGCCUGUUCGAGGAUGAGUCUUUCCCCGCCACUGUGGAGUCUUUGGGCUUCAAGGAGCUCGGACACAAGUCCAACAAGGUCAAGAACAUCGUCUGGAAGAGGCCCAAGGAAAUCUGUGAGAACCCUCAGUUCAUUGUUGGAGGAGCGAGUAGGACAGACAUCUGCCAGGGAGAUCUGGGUGACUGCUGGUUGCUUGCGGCCAUCGCCUGCCUCACCCUGAAUGAGAAGCUCCUGUUUCGCGUCGUUCCUCAGGAGCAAAGCUUCUCAGAGAGCUAUUCAGGAAUCUUCCACUUCCAGUUCUGGCGUUAUGGAGACUGGGUCGAUGUCGUCAUUGACGACCGCAUCCCGACCUUCAACAACCAGCUGGUGUUCACCAAGUCCGCCGAGAGGAACGAGUUCUGGAGCGCCCUGCUGGAGAAGGCCUACGCCAAGCUUCACGGCUCCUACGAGGCCCUCAAGGGAGGAAACACCACCGAGGCCAUGGAGGAUUUCACCGGAGGAGUCACUGAGUUCUACGAGAUGAAGGAAGCUCCCAAAGAGCUCUACAAGAUCAUGAAGAAAGCUCUGGAGAGAGGCUCCCUCAUGGGCUGCUCCAUCGAUUCUCUGGUGCCCGCUCGCUUUGAGACUCGUACCGUGACGGGACUUGUGAAGGGGCACGCGUACUCUGUGACGGCAGUGGAGGAGUGUAAAGCGUCUCAACAUAAGGAAACUAAAGUCCGUCUGGUGCGUCUCAGGAACCCGUGGGGUCAGGUGGAGUGGAACGGCCCCUGGAGUGACAACUCCAAGGAGUGGGCCACGCUCUCUAAAACUGAGAAAGAGAAGCUGCAGCACCAGAGUGCUGAGGACGGAGAGUUCUGGAUGUCAUUUGAGGACUUCAAGAAGAACUACACAAAGAUCGAGAUCUGUAACCUCACCCCCGACGCCCUGGAGGACGAUAAGAUUCACAAGUGGACAGUCUCUGUGAACGAGGGCCGCUGGGUGAGAGGCUGCUCCGCCGGUGGCUGCAGGAACUACCCAGACACUUUCUGGACCAACCCUCAGUACCGCCUGCGUCUGCUGGAGGAGGACGACGACCCCGAGGACAACGAGGUGGGCUGCACCUUCGUGGUGGCUCUGAUGCAGAAGAACAGGAGGAAAGAGCGCAAGAUGGGAGCCAACCUCUUCACCAUCGGAUUCGCCAUCUAUGAGGUGCCAAAGGAGAUGCACGGAAACAAGCAGCACAUGCAGAAGGACUUCUUCCUGUUCAACUCCUCCAAAGCUCGCUGUAAGUCCUACAUCAACCUGCGCGAGGUGACCCAGCGCUUCCGCCUGUCGCCCGGGGAGUACGUCAUCGUCCCCUCCACGUACGAGCCGCACCAGGAGGGCGAGUUCAUCCUGCGAGUCUUCUCUGAAAAGAGGAACACCUCAGAGGAGAUAGAGAACAGGAUUGAGGCCGAUCAUCCUGUGCCGGCGCCGGCCUCGGCGGGGGAAGAGAGCGAGGACGACCAGCAGUUCAGAACGAUUUUUCAGGAGAUAGCCGGUGAAGAAAUGGAAAUCACAGCCAAUGAACUGAAAAAUGUUCUCAACAGAGUGAUCACCAAACAUAAGGACCUGAACACAGAGGGCUUCAGCUUGGAGAGCUGCAGGAGCAUGAUUGCUCUGAUGGACAUGGAUGGGACAGGUAGACUCAAUCUUCAGGAGUUCAGACAUCUGUGGAAUAAAAUCAAACAGUGGCAGGGAAUCUUUAUGCACUAUAACGCCGACCAAAUCGGAACCAUCAACAGCUACGAGAUGAGGAACGCUGUCAACGAUGCAGGCUUCCGUCUCAACAACCAGCUGUAUGACAUCAUCACCAUGCGCUACGCUAACGAGAGCAUGAACAUCGACUUCGACAGCUUCAUCAGCUGUCUGGUUCGGCUCGAAGCCAUGUUCAGGGCGUUCCAGGCCUUUGAUCAGGAUGGAGAUGGUUCAAUCAGACUCAGUGUCCUGGAGUGGCUCCAGUUGACCAUGUACGCCUGAAAAGUCCCAUUUUCUCCCAGGUGAGCUCCUCUCCACACGAGGACCAGACCUGCCAGCCUUUACCUCAAAUAUUCACUGUGCCCGAUCGUCGUCCGCUCUCCUCCGCCUCACCUCCAGACUUCCCCCCAAAAAACCCCCUCUGCUCUCUCUCUCCUCCUCCAGAAUGUUCAGCAUGCUCCUUCCGUUUUUAUCUCUUUCUCCAAAGUUUCCACAUUUCUCUCUUCACUUGUUCUUCCUCUAAUCAGUCUUUAUUUUCGGUCACUAGCCUUUUUUAUUUGAACACAGCUGUACGGUACUUUUCUCAGGCAUCAAACACACAGAACCUCUUUUUUUUCUGUCACGAUACCUCACGGAGCUCCUUCUACCACCUCCUCAUGUGUUCUUCUUCUUCUGUCAUCAAACUGGGCGGUCAGGGUGUUCUUCCUGUUUUCUGGGCUCUCUGGUGGACAGUGAAUAAACUCGUAAACCACCCUUUAAACCUGUUCUGAGUCUGAUAAUCAAACUUACACUCUGUAGGGAUUUCCAGGCCUCCUGAGUAAAUAUCACCAGAUGUUUUUAAUCGCCUGUUUUUGUGAAUUGAGCGAUCCUGCAGGAAUUUUUGUUUUCCUCAACAACAGUCACGACUCGCCCCAACACUGGCGUCUGUGCUCCAGUCUCUCCGGACAAACUCAGGCUUCUCUGGUGCAUCUCAGCUCCAGAACCCCCCGAGGUUUCACCUUCCUCCUCCUCCUCCUCCUACAGUCCAGUCCACCAGCCGUUCAGCUCUUUGAUGGAUGAGAUUUAUGAACAAGACUGCGGAGCUGAGGAGUUUUUAUUUAACAGACGUUCGUGGUUCAAAUGUGGAUUUUAAAGAAUAUGGCUUCCAGGUUGGACUGCAGCUUUUUGUGAUUUCUUUUCUUAUUAAGGCUUUGGUCAAAUGAGUGUACUGCAUUUUUAAAUAUUUUAACCAAAUAAAUAAAUGUGUAGCUGUGGGUGUGACUGUGUUGA